GAACCAAUUCAGUCUUACAAUACAAACCCUGAAACCCUAGGAACAGCCGAACAGAAACAGAGACAGGCGCCUUCAGAGGAAGAAGGAAAGGGUUUUACAGUCGCAGAAGCCGAAGCAAAAGCGAAAGCAGAGGUCUCCGAAAAUGCCGAAGUCCAAGCGCAAUAAAGCGGUUACGCUGUCGAAGACGAAGAAGAAGGGGAAGGAACAUAAAGAGGCGAUAGUGACUGCGAUAAGGGAGGCCGCCGAGAAGUACGCUUCGGUUUACGUGUUCUCUUUCCAGAACAUGAGGAACCUCAAGUUCAAGGAGUUCAGGGAAAAGCUCAAGUCUACUAGCAGAUUUUUCCUUGGAUCAAACAAAGUCAUGCAGGUUGCUCUUGGCCGGUCUGCUGCUGAUGAGAUUAUGACUGGCAUUCACAAAGUCUCGAAGAUUCUACGUGGAGAUACUGGGCUUUGUUUUACCAAUUUGCCAAAAGAAGAGGUUGAAAGGAUAUUUAAUGAGUAUGAGGAAUAUGACUUUGCAAGGACAGGAAGCACAGCAGCAGAAAAGGUGGAGCUUAAGGAAGGUCCUCUAGAGCAAUUUACACAUGAGAUGGAGCCCUUCCUGCGCAAGCAAGGGAUGCCUGUUCGGUUGAACAAAGGUGUUGUGGAGCUUGUUUCAGACUUCGUUGUUUGUGAGGAGGGAAACCCUUUGUCGCCCGAGUCAUCUCGCAUACUGCGUUUGUUAGGGAUCAUGAUGGCCACCUUCCGGCUUGGCUUGAUCUGCAGAUGGAGUCCUGCUGAAUUUGAACUUUAUAUUGAAAGGCCAGAUGAUUCUGAUGUUGAAUGUGCAUAAGCAAACCUGUUUAAAGUUCAAAACAGGUUUGGCAGAGGGAGAGCAGAUUCACUAGUUGGUGGAUGGCGCAUAAACCUGUUGUGGCACUCUUCUCAUUGUCGUAAUGUAUGAUUCUGUGGUGCGGUCUGGUCAAUGCAAUUUUGGUAUCAAGGGACUUAAUUAUGUAACCUAUUUCAUAAGUUCGUAAUUUUUUUUUCUUUUUUUUGGUUUGGUCAGCCACCGCUGAAAAUCGGUUGGAGUACCCUUUGUGCUAUAUGAAUGGGAAGAAUUUCUUGUUUAGAAAUUACUUGCAAACAAAUGGGUACUGUUUAGUGCAAUUGUACUUCCUUUUGUUCUGUGUGUU